AGAGAAUGGGGCCCAACAUCCAGUCUACUACGUCAGCAAGACCUUGAGAGACGCGGAGUUAAGGUAUUCCCGUCCGGAAAAAGCCAUGCUAGCGGUUUUCUGGACGGCGAAGAGAUUAACUUCGUACUUUCAGGCUCACCGGAUUGUGGUGCUCACCAAUGAGCCUUUGGCGUCACUUACCCGGAGUCCAGCGGCAUCAGCCUGGAUGACCAAGUGGGCGGUCUUCAUCAGUCAGUACAGUGUGGAGUUCAGGCCGCGUCCAUCAAUCAAAGGGCAGGCACUCACCGACUUUCUGGUUGAGUGUACUGCCAGGGAGAUGACAAGAGCACAGGCCGAAACCCGGGUAGAAGACGACUGGUGGGUGAUGAGCAUCGAUGGAUCUCCUGGGUCUCGAUCCUGCGAAGCAGGUAUUGUUUUGGUUACUCCGGAAAAUUUCCGGAUAUAUUACGCUAUCAGAUUUCAGUUCCACGUAUCCAACAAUGAAGCUGAAUAUGAGGCCCUAAUCAACGGAUUGAAGAUUCUUGGCAAGUUGGGAGUGUCCAAGGUUCAAGUAUACAGCGACUCCCGAUUGGUGGUAGGACAGAUCACUGGGGAGUUUGAAGCAAAGGAAGAAAGGAUGAAGAGGUAUCGAGACUUGUCCUUGGAAAUGUUGGGAAGGUUCGAGUUUAAGCUUGAACACAUACCCCGGGCGCAAAACGCGGAAGCUAAUGUUUUGUCCAAGCUCAGCGCAGAAUCGCUAGAAUAUAUAAGCAAAUUAGCAACGGUCGAGGAACUGGCAACCCCGAGUCUUAAUAGGGAUGAAUUGCUCUGGGUGUUAGCUGAUCCCCCAGAGUGGUUGGAUAGGCUGGCCAGAUACAUUGAGGACGGUGUAGCCCUGGAGGACCCACAGGAAGCUCGUUUGCUGCGAAUGAGGGCACCCACCUACAAGGUGCAAGAUGGAAUCCUCUAUAAGCGAUCUUACAAUGGUGUUUUACUCCGUUGCCUUAGGGCAGCAGAGGCGAAGGCACUAAUGGAAGAGAUACACGAAGGAGUAUGUGCUGCACAUCAGGGUCCAUACUCUAUCUCCAGAAGGGCGAUUAUCUAGGGAUAUUUCUGGCUAACAAUGAGGAAGGAUUGCGAGGAGUAUGUGCGCAAGUGCCCAACCUGUCUACAAUUUCAGAAUAUGCCCGGGAGGCCAGCCACAAACUACACGCCCAUCAGCUCUGUGAUUCUCUUCUCAAGGUGGGGGAUUGAUAUUGUGGGUGCCCUGCCAAAAGGGGUUGGACAGGCAAGAUGGAUUGUGGUGGCCAUAGACUAUUUCACCAAGUGGGUGGAGGCUGAGCCACUUGCUGGGAUAACUGGGAGGCAUAUGAUCGACUUCGUGGGAACCAAUAUACUUUGUAGGUUCUG